UAUCAAUUGUUUGGCCUGGAUUAGACACGGAAGGGACAUUCACUGAACAAAACGGUGCUAAUAAAGAUAGCUGGCUCCACAAACAAAACAGCCGCAUAUCCCCCGCGGGCUUUCUCUGCACACGGUUUCAUUCACCACCCCGUUUGGACAGCUCACUGUACACACAGGGAAGCAGGCUAUGGUCAUGUUAACCGAGCUGGUUGAAUUUGGAAACACUUCCUUCCUCCAUGCUCACGAUGUCGGUGAAACUUGCUAGUUUCGCCAUAGCUUCUCUCAGCUCCUCUGCUGCUGCAUAAGUUUGCUGUUGUCGGACUCACUCGGCUCGGGAAGACGAUGCAAAUUACUGGAGCUUUCCAAGAUCCCUCGCAGGGUUCAGGGGAACGGGGGGAGCUGGUUCACUCAUUUUCUAAAGAGACAUCAGGGUCUCCGGAUGCCUCUGAGUUGGGGAGCCCUCGCUGUGUACCAAACUUUGACCUCUACAACAUGGUUGUGUCGUACAAGAAAAUGGCUCUGUUUCUAGAACCAGUUGUAGAUGCAUUGGAGCUUGUUCGCUACCUGCUCGGAUGGAAGAUGCCACUGUGUUCUCUGCUUGUCUGUAUAGUCCUUAAUAUCUUCUUUUGCACAGUUACUGAAGUUGGCUGGUUCACGGUGAGUGUGGUUGCAGUGUCAGCACCUGCUGCCCUGGGUUACCUGCAGGACAGGUGUGGGGGCAGAGCUUCUGAAGCUGAGCUCCAGAGGAGGCGCUAUCAUGCUGUGCACCGCCGAGACCUGCUAACAGUCCAAAUUUCCAAACAGGAGGCCAUGCUGGAAGUCAAAGACCUGUUGAAGCACCUGGACGACAUGUUGUCGUCUGCUUGUCAGUCAGCAGAAGCUGUUUAUAAGGUCCUAUACUGGGAUAAUCACACCAAGUCAUCAAGGUUCUAUUGUGGGAUGCUAACCCUGGCAUGUCUGCUCUAUGUUGCUCCUGUGGGCUGGGUGCUCGCUGGGCUCAACAGUGCCAUCUUCUUGUGGAACAAAGACUUCUGCAGAGUUUUGAUGGACCUUAGAAAGCUGUUCCACAUGGGUCGGAGCCAGUCCUCAGAGGGGAUGUGUGAAGAACAGGAACAGAGCAACUUGCUGGACAGGACCCCCACACCAACGAGUCUGGAGGACCUCUCUCCUGGCAGCAUAGAGGAAGCUGAGGAAGCUGAGCCAGAUGAUGAAUUUAAAGAUGCAAUUGAGGAAAAUUCAGUUUCACUGCAGGAAACACCUUUGGUCUUAUUGGAGGAUGACGAUGGGCCUCUUGGAGCUCCAGAGUAUGACACCAUCUCUGAAAAUGGUCUUCUGAGCCGCAACGAACCAAUACGCAGCAAAGUUUCCAAACUGACGGAGAAGCUGCGCAAGCGCUACCCCACAGCUGCCACAGGCAACUGUUCCAGCUGCAAUGCUGUCUUCUCAGUUCUGAAGAAGAGGAGGAACUGCAGUAACUGUGGCAACAGCUUCUGUUCCCGAUGCUGUUCCUUCAAGGUGCUGAGAUCUGUCAUGGGGGCAACAGCUCCAGAGGCGCAGAGAGAGACCGUGUUUGUGUGCGCUGUCUGCAAUUCCUCCCUCGCCAAGUUACCGUGAGAUGGGAUGUUAGUUUCAUUUCCAGAGGCCUUCACUGAGACCCAGACCUCCACGUCUCGGUUUUCAAGUAAAGACCUGUGCAUCUGUCAAGAUAUCACCCAUGUGGAACUCCAGGAACCCCUUUCCUUUACCAGCUGCGUCCCCCCCUUUGCCUUCCUUGUUGCUUAUGGGAUUUCUACUGUAAUGUGUUAGAUAUUUCCUGCUUGAACUGUCAGCGAUUGACUGGACCUUAUGAGUCUGUGAUUAAUUCAGAACACAAAGACUUAACAAUCAAAGGACCUACUUUCUUCCCCCGUUCUGAGCAGAGAGCAGAACAAAUCCUGCACGGUGGAGGCCAAAACUGAGUCGGUGGUGUUGGUUAGAGGCCCUAUGCAGCAGAUAAACUGUACCGAGGAAUUCUCUGUUGAACAAAUUUAAGGCUCCUCUAAAUUUGAUCAACUUUUAGAUGGUUGCUGAAUAUGUAGGUGAAGGUUCACACCAAAAGAUACUGGAUUUAAGUUUUGCAGCUGUCUUUGGCCAGCCAAACUAACAAUGUUUGCACAAGCUUACUGUCCUUAUGCACCUUGACUUUCAGCUGUCGGCAGUGUCGUAAUCAGUCGUAUGUGUUUGCUCACAAAGACCAUUUUUAAUAACUUCAAAAGGUUUUUUAGAUUCAAUCCUGCUACUGGAGGACUUAACAAGAUUUGAGGUUUUCUCUCCCCCGCCCCCCAGACUGUGUUCGCACAAUUUGCCAAGUAAAAAUGACAUGCAGCGUAAAAAGUGAAAAAGCACAUGAAAUAAAUCUGUUUCUGGCAUUGAUGGUCUAUUAGAGGGCGGGACAAAAAAAUUCUGUGAUCUGAUUGGUAAUUCUUUCUUUUUAUCAUGUUUUCCUUUGUGGUGAAUAAUUUAUUAGAUAACAGCGCCGGCAACAAGUCUGAAAGUCCCUGAAGCCCUCUAACUGGAUGAUGUUCCAACUGGAUUAAAGUUGUUCGAAUGGACUGAGAAACCAGCUGAAACUGUCGCCAGAGCCUCACUCUCUUGCAAGCAGGACUUGACUUGAUGAAGCAAUUUGAGGCAUUGAAACCUAGGAAGUUCAUCCUGGGGGCGAAGUUGUUUUAAUCAUGAUUCAGACACAGAUGAUUGUAACUGUUUGCUUUGCUUUUGUUGUUAUAUGUAUCUGUUACUGUAAAUUGUUCUAAUUGUUCUGUAUCCAAUAUAUUUAAUUUAAAACUUCAGAAAGUGAUAAUCUCUAUAUAUUGGCCCUCUAUUUUAAAGGUUAAAAAUGCUCCACUGUUGAAAUAAACUCUGUUACCAUAUAACUCAAA